AGGACGUGCAGCGCCGGGAGGAGGCGGAGGGAGAAGCCAAGCGCUCGCUCUCCAAACUAGGGCUUGGCUGGGGAGGCUGCCCGGGCGCUGCUGCGCGGCCACCGCCACCCCUCGGCACCUGCGGGGACCCCUGCGCCGCUCCGGAUCAGGUCACGGGGGGCUUUCCCCACGCUCUCCCCUUCCCUCCUCCUCUUCCUCGUCGCCCACGUUUUGCUGCUUUUGUUUGUGCCGGGCGGGGGCUGGGAGGGGGCUGGGAGAGCUGGCCCUUAGCUUGUGGGUAUGGUCUGAACGAGUACCGGGUUUUAUCUCGCUGGGGAAGGUCAGGGGAAAACAGACCCUGGAGUCAUUCCUGGGGCUCUCAACCUUGCUCCCACUGAGGUGUGUUUGCUCCUGGAGGCUGAAGUGAGCCUGCAGGGCUACAAGCGGUCUCCAGGGCUGAGGCAGGGACUCUGUGAAAUGCAGCUGCUGUGGCACUCGGUGGCACCUGGUGUUGUUUGUCCUUUGGAAGGAGGGCAGCAGUUUUCCCUGCCGGAGGUGUAUUUCUAGCCUCCCAGUCUGCUGCCUCUUACAGCACUGGCUGCAUCCUGCCAGCCUGUGUGGCACAGGGAUGGCAGUGGGAAAUCCACAGGUGGCAGAGGAAAACAACACCCCUGCUGCUUUGCCUCGUCGCUUGGCAUCUCCCGUAGUGCUGGUGGCAGUGAGACCUCCUUCUUUUUCUGGGAGCAGUGAGGUGCCCUUCCCAAUCCCUACCAUCGGCUGGAGGGGGCUAUGCAUCUCCCAUCUUUCUGUUGUCUGCGUCUGUAGCAGAGUGCUCUCUUGGAUUUGCUUUGGGGAAUGCAAAGGUCUCUGCAUGCCUUUGGGAGGUCCAAAGACUUCCCAGCCCUGGGCAUGACUUUAUGUGCUCUGCAUCUGCUGUGCUGCAGCUUUAUCUUUACACCAGGUUCAUCACCUCCUCCUGCAUGUUGUCCUGCCCAGGGCAGCACUAUGGCAGGAUGUCAUCCCCAUGUGCAGGGACGAAACUCCGGGCCUGCUUGGGAAGUUUGGAUCAGACAGCUGAGCUGUGGGCCCGGCCUCCCUUUAAAUAGCAUGUCCCUCUUCUGUGGGAGGCACAGAGCUGUGUCUACUGAAGAAAGGGAUCAGCCUGGGGGAGGACAGUGGGAAUCUUCUGAAGACACCAUGGGCUGGGCACUGAAACUGCUGGGGUGCCCUGCUGAUCCCCCUGCUGCUUUGCUUCAUGCAUGUUGUUCUGCAAAGGAAGCUCAGAGAGGAGAAACUUUGCAAGUCCUUCCCAGCCUGUGCUGCUGGUCCUGCUGAUGGGACCAAAAUAGAAAGUGCAUGGCCUGCCUCUCCCCCGACCCUAGCUCUGCCUCAGUCACAGAACACUGCUGGUGGUUGCUCACCCUUUGCAUUUCAUCCCAGAUUAAUUCCCUGCCUAAGGCUGUCAAUCUUGCUGUUUGGCUCCCCAGCCAAACACAGCAACAGAUUGUUUAAAUCAGGCCUUUUGGGUCUCUUGAUAACCAGGAGGCAGACUAUUUACUGUAGUGGCAAAUAAACUUCAUAAUGUUAUGAUGGUGGAAAGUUGUCAAGGGAUAUGAACACCCGGAGUCAGCCCAGGAGCCUUCAAGGAGACAGCUUUGGUUUAAAUUAAGACAAAACACUGUCUUCCAUGGAUUUUGGGAAGGAAAUCACAUUGUUGUAAUGGGAACAUUACUCUGAGCCUCAGGGCUGGCAAACUCUUGACUUUAUGAAGCGUAAGUGGAGGGGCUGAGUUAGUCUGGCAGAUCCUUAAAGCACAUCUCAGGUUUGCCCUGAGGUGGUGGUGAAAGGGAGGUUGCACCACAGUGUCAUGCAGAGCUUGGGGAGAGACAGGCUGGAGCUGCCACCAGACAGAUACGGGUUUACGCUAGGAGUUGUAAAAAAGUCUCAGACUCUUCUGCUCUCCCUGUUCUCCCAGCAGUCCAAACUUGAGAGCAUUUUGUGAGGGCCAGGCUGGAGGGUGGGAUGGCUGAUCCCUUUUGCCUUGCCUUGGUUGAGGCAGAGCCAGUUGGUGGGUACUGUCCUCAGGUUGCUGUGUGGCUGUGGGCAGUUCCUUCCACCUGGUUUUGCCCCUUGGAGAAGCUGCAGUGUUUUAUUUCUUUACCUUGCCUACAACACCCUGCAAGCAGCUGCUGGUGCCCGUUCCUUGUGCUCAUUCAAAGAAGGUGGCUUAGAGGCUGCAUCUUCUCCAGGUGGCAUCCCCAGCUCUCAAGCGAGUGUGAAUACCCUGAAAGGGGUGUGGGGUUAAAAGUCAUUGGUCAUGUCUCACCCCUGGUGUGGACUGCAAGGUGAUCCACCCACGGCACCUGUAAAUCAGAAGUGAUGCCUGACUGGUGAUGCUGAGCUGUCGCUGCCAGUCUGAGGUGUCCCCUGAAAUAAGCCCCAUGGGUGAGUUUCAAUUCUGGCUAUCUUGUUCAGGGAUCCCAAACCCUUUUGUGUCUGGGGUGUGUCAGGGUAUUUGCAUCAGAUCCACAUGCUGGCACUGCUGUGAUGGCAUGGAGCAGAGGGGUGUAAGUGUGGGAGCAGGAGACGGCAAGUUGUGCUUUUGCAUGGCCAUGUGCAAGAAUGGUACGAAGAAGCCAAACUGACAUUGCUGCCUGUCCCUUCCUUGUGCAGUCCUGGGGCCUCCAGGCUGGUCAACCAAAGUGGCCAGUAGAACUGACAGGUUUCUGUGCAAGUUAGUAAAGCCCUUAGAUGUUGCCUGGGAGGCCUUGCUCUCACUGUCUAUGCCCAGUAGCCCUGGCAGGGGUUUCUAUGCAGCUCUCUGCAGAGAGGGUUGCUAGGACUGUACAUGUAGAGAUGUCAGGGCUGGGAGGAGGUCUGGACAGACCAUCCCUGCCCCUGUGCUGGGGGAGCCUCAUCUCUUUUCUCAUGCUUGACCCAGCAUGGGGGAGCUCCUGACUCUUGUUUUAUUUGUGUGAUAUAGGAGAGAUUACAGCUGGAAUGAAAAUUUUGGGUAGAAAUAAACUGCAUAGUUUGGGAACUUGCUAAUUGCUAUGCACCUCACUGCAACCAAAGCCCUGAGGGCUACACCACAUCUUGACCAGCAUGCUCCCUUCCCCAUCUGGUACAGGGGAACCUUCCUCAGCAGACCUCAUCUAUGCAGGUUGCUCUUCAUGGUGCAACAGAGUGGGCUGGCCAGGGAAUCCGAGGGAGAGGAGAGGUCAGUGACUGAUGCCUGGGAGCAGGAAAGGAACAGGGGACAGAAUCUCAGCAGGGGUGGUGUGAGGACAGCAGUGUAUAUGGGAAGACUUGAGUAUCAGAACACUGAGGUAGUGUGAGGUGGUGCGAGCUUGUGAUGGAAACUGAGGCUGAAGGCAAGCUGUAUUCAGCAGGGCAAGGAUGAGCAGCUGCUCCCAAGAUGGGCUCCCAGGCUCUUGUCCCUUGGUUCCUCUGGUGUCCUGGCAGGGAGGAGACAGGCCCAGGAGAUCUUGGUGUCAGUCAGGGGUUGCUAUUAAUAACACACUUUCCCUGUGGUCGAGUUGUACGAGUCAGGUGUCCUUGCCAGGGGAAGAAAGCUUAUAAACUGAAACAGGUUCCUGCUUGCACUGCCAGCUCCAGUGCCACAGCAGCUCCCCAGCACCUGCAGCAAGCCGAGAUGCAGCCAGACACCAUCAGGAUGGGCCCUCGUCAUGGAGCAGGGCAAACUCUCAGACUUGUUUCCCCUGCUGUGGCCCUGUGGUUGGAAAAAAUGCUUUCCAGUCGACUUAAGUGGAGGUUUGCUGAAAGGUCAGGAGGAGCUGAUGGCAUUUUUCAGGUCCAGACUUCUCUAGGACUGCAGGCUUGUGUACAUGGGGGUUUGCUUCAGGCUAGUGCAGCAAAGCAUUGUUGCUUGCCCACGCCCAGGACAUGUUCCUGCUUCAGCAGCAUCUCUGCCCACUGAUGCCACGCAGGGAGCAUAGGAGGCUGUGGAGAUCUGAGGGGUCUGGUUAGAAAAAAAAAAACAUACUACCCAGGAGAUCCAAUUGCAGAUCAUGAGCAGACCAGAACUGCUGGCUCCUUCCUCAUUCACAGAAGGAGAUUGAAAUGAUAGAGCAAAGCUGCUCACAAGCAGAGUUGAUAUCCUAGUGCGUGCAGCAGUACUUCCUUUCCCUCCCACCCUGCAAAUGCCAGGCUGCCUCCAUCCAACCUCCUUACCUAACUGAGCUGAGCGAUGCAGUCUGCAGAGCAGCCACAGGUGCCAACUCUUCUCCAUCUUGUCUCAGCUACAAACCAUGUCACUGGUUUGUAACUGUGGGGCACCCCCAGCAGUCAGUCCAUGUGCUCCACCAGUGGCAGCUCUCAACACCUGUGAUACACCAUUUGGAGCUCAGAUUGGAAAAGAUGGGGUUAUCUUCACCAUCGUAUCUGGGCUGCCAUGUGCUGCUGUCGUGGGCCGUCAGAGGGUUGCUUGGUGAUAAUCUUCACCAUUGGUGGCCAGAGUGUGAGUCCAUGUGCCACUUGCAGACAGCCCUGAAGAUAAAAAGGGCCAUAAUCAGCUAGUACCCAAACAUAAAUGUCAAGCCAAGGUUGUUCUAGCAGAUUUCCUCACGAGACUGUGGUGCAAAAAGGAAGGAAGCAGUGUUGAGAGAUCCUCCUACCGAUAGCAGCAGCUCAGCAAGCAGUACAGCAGCUUCAAACUAGUGGAAUAUCUGGGACAGGAGGGAGCAUCCAUUCAGCUCAUUCAGGGUAUAGUUGGACAGUUCAUCUCUCCCAGCAGGUGAAGCCAGCCAAAAGGGGUCUGCUGUAGUGUGCCACUAUCAGGUAGUGGGUUUUUAAACACGUUUUUGUUCAGAUAAUUUUUAACACCUAUUGGUAAUGAUGCAAUUUACUGUGCAUCAUCAUGGAGACAAUGGGGAGAAUGGAGCACUGCAGUGUCAGGCACAGGCUGGAAACAGAGUGAUUAGCAAAACAUGCAUUUGCCCUCUGCAAAGAUGCACAGUCCUUGGUGGUGUCAUAAGUAACCUGCUGCUGACCAUGUACCUCCAUUGCUGGCUGUGGUGAGACUUAAGAAAACUCUCCAACGAGGUUGUGUUUUGGUUUCACUUUCAGUUUAGCCAGGCUUUAGCUGCCCCGAUGUUGCUCUUUGAAGGGCAGUGGUGUCCCCUCCCUUCCCUCCCUCCUUCCUUGUGCUAUGUUACUGCUUACAGGCAUGGCAAUGAGUCUGUAGAAACUGAAGAGCUGGUUUCCUUGUCUACCAGGCUGGACGAGACCAAACCAAGCCAGGUCUUCACCAAAAAUACAAACUAAGCUUUGAACUCAUCUAAAGAAAUAGGGAUACAGCCCAAAGGGUUGCUUGUGGUGCAAGCACUAAUCAAAAGCUUCAGUUUGCAUUCCAGAAAGUAACACGUAUGUCCCAUCACACAUGCAUAUCCCAAACAUAAAGGAAAGCUUCUGACAAAUUUGCCUGUUCACUCAGACCUCAGGGCAGUGGAGGUUUUGGCAAGGGUGUUCUCCUGAAAGUUGUCUGGUAUUGCUGACCUGCAAGCAAGUGCAUAAAAGAGCAUGAGGAGGAAGGUAGAAGCAAGUGUAGCAGGUGCCAACCUUACUGUAGUGAUGAGGGGUGUGCCUGUACCCUUGUGAUGGAUAGAGGAGCAGCCUUGUACAGCAUGGAAAUUGUUGAGAGUGAUGGUGCUGGCUUCUGUGUGCCUACAGACUGCUGUGAUCCAGAGUCCUCUGUCUUGGGAGCAACUGAAGAGCCACAAGUUUGCUUCUGCCAAACUGUGGGUCUUGGUGUUUUUUUUGGGUUGCCCUUGAAUAAAUCCUCUCUAUUUCGUGACUAAGAAGAGGCAGCAGCUGGAGGGUGGGAAAUGAAGCUACUAGCUCUGGAGGAGGGGAGUGCUGUUGCUAGCCAAAUUCAGCCUCUUCUGCUCCAGCUGAGCUGCCUGCAGUGAAACCACCUUAGCGCAUUCUACCUGUGGCCCAGGGCUUUCCACGGGAUGCUGCAACAUCCAGGCAGUUUGUCAAGCUUUGAGGGCUGGGCAGGGAAAGCUAGAGAAUCCCAGUUAAACUGUUUCCACCAGGGGAGGGACGUUUUCAGCAGGACAAAUGGGAUGAUUUUCAAUAGCCUUGCUCUGUGUAUACUUGCUUGAUUCUUGUAUUUCUUUAGGUCUUGCAAGGGAGUAGUUUUGAUUUGCUGCAAAUUCAGUGGAGCUGGUGCAUAGGCAGUAUGGUUCCCCCAGGGAAACCAGGCAGGCCAGUGCCAAGGGAAUGAAGGAGAGUGGUGGGUGUAGUCACCAGAGCUGAUUGGCACCUCGGGAUGCAGGGCCUGUGCUGAUCCCACAGCGGUGAGCACAGGGCAUGGCAGGUCCCAGCCAGUUGGCGAUGCCUGCCCUGCCUUCACAGCAUCUGGGUCCCAGCCCUGCCACAUGCCCUGGGUGGCAUCAACACGUCCCCUCUCCCUGAGCCUCUGUCCCCUGCUGUCCCUUUGCCUUCCUGCCCUGACCCCGGAGCCGAGCCCUGAGACUUGGGGGAGCCUAUUGAAUUCCUGGUCUCUGUGUUAACAGCCACCUUCUGGGUGCGAUGGAAACCUUCUUUAGGCGGCACUUUGGGAGGAAGGGGCCGCGGCGGUCCAGCGCGGUGGCCGUGCCCACGGGCAAGGUCAGGCGUCGCUCGCAGGCAGGGCUGCCCUCUGCCUCGCUGGCCCAGCGCCGCCCAGCCCUGGCCUGCCUGGGCCUGCCCCAGCGCCCCGGCGCCCGCCGCCGCUCCAGCACCACGCCGCCCUGCCUCAGCCCCAGGUUCGCCGUCCAGACGAAGCGCGGGGGCCGGGCACCAGCCGUCGACACCCACCUGGUCGGUCCCUCCAUCCUCCUGGCCAGCCUGGUCCCCACCGGAGAGGAGGGUGACGGGAUGCCCCGCCGCAGCAGCUCCAGAUUCGAGUCUCCGGAGGACAGCGGUGACGGCGCGGUGGCGGGAGCCGGGCGGUGGGCUGAGGAGAGGUGGCUGGCUAUGCUGCCCCGGCUGCGGCCGCUCCAGGCCGGGCGGCUGUCGAGGGGCCCCCGCUGCCUGCGCCGCGCCUCCUCCCACCGCCUGCCCACCGAGGUCACCUACGGCCGGGGCGCCGAGGGCUUGCCAGGCCGCUACCGCCGCCUCAGCCAGCGGCGCCGCUCCAGCGACAGCCCCCGGCCCGGGCUGCUCCCCUCCAGCCACCUGCGGCUGCUGGCCCCGCGCUGCCCGGGGGCAGCCAGGCACCCCUCUGCCGCCCUCCCCGAGUGCUUGGGAGCGAAGCCCACCCUCCACGCCGCCCCGGAUGGCUGGAGCCCCCGGCUGCUGAAAGCCAUUGCCAAGUCCAGCCUCCAGCACAUGGUAGCCCAGCCAAAUCCUGCACUAGCCCUGAGGAGUGACUCGGAGAGGCAGAUACGCAACACUGUGGACUGGAGCGAGACUGCGGUAUAUGGGGAGCACAUCUGGUUUGAGACCAAUGUCUCUGGGGACUUCUGCUAUGUUGGGGAACAGAACUGUAUGGCCAAGCUGCUGCAAAAACCUCUCUCCAGGCGUAAGUGUGCAGCCUGCAAGAUUGUAGUACACACACCCUGCAUCGAACAGCUGGAGAAAAUAAAUUUCCGCUGCAAACCUUCCUUCAGGGAGUCAGGAUCUCGGAAUGUACGAGAGCCCACAGUUGUCCGGCAUCACUGGGUACACCGGAGGCGGCAGGAAGGGAAAUGCCGGCAGUGUGGCAAGGGUUUCCAGCAGAAGUUUGCCUUCCACAGUAAAGAGAUUGUAGCCAUCAGCUGUUCCUGGUGCAAGCAAGCGUAUCACAGCAAAGUGUCAUGUUUCAUGCUGCAACACAUCGAAGAGCCCUGCUCGCUGGGGGCUCACGCUGCUGUUGUCGUUCCUCCCACCUGGAUUCUGCGAGUCCGACGGCCCCAGAAUCCACUGAAAUCUAGUAAGAAGAAGAAGAGGACAUCGUUCAAGCGGAAAUCCAGCAAAAAGGGGGCUGAGGAAGGAAGGUGGAAACCCUUUGUCAUCAAGCCCAUGCCAGCUCCUCUCAUGAAGCCCUUGCUGGUGUUUGUGAACCCCAAAAGUGGUGGGAAUCAGGGAGCCAAGAUCAUCCAGUCCUUCAUGUGGUAUCUCAACCCACGGCAGGUUUUUGACCUCAGCCAAGGUGGACCAAAGGAGGCGCUGGAGUUGUACCGCAAGGUCCACAACCUCCGGAUCCUGGCGUGCGGGGGAGAUGGCACGGUGGGCUGGAUACUCUCCAUUCUGGACCAGUUGCGCCUCAACCCACCUCCUCCCGUGGCCAUCCUACCUUUGGGGACAGGGAAUGACUUGGCCAGGACGCUGAACUGGGGUGGGGGUUACACAGAUGAGCCUCUGUCCAAGAUCCUGUCACAUGUGGAAGAUGGGAACAUUGUUCAGCUUGAUCGCUGGAACCUUCAUGUGGAGCCAAACCCUGAUGCGAAUCCUGAAGAAAAGGAUGAGGCAGCUGCUGACAAGCUCCCCUUGGACGUCUUUAAUAACUAUUUCAGCCUUGGCUUUGAUGCACGGGUGACUCUGGAGUUCCAUGAAUCCCGAGAGGCCAACCCAGAGAAGUUCAACAGCCGGUUUCGGAAUAAAAUGUUCUAUGCUGGGACAGCUUUCUCCGACUUCCUCACGGGGAGCUCCAAAGACCUAGCGAAGCACGUCAAGUUGGUUUGUGAUGGGACAGACCUGACCUCCAAGAUUCAGGACCUGAAGCCCCAGUGCCUGGUCUUUCUGAACAUCCCCAGGUACUGUGCAGGUACCAUGCCCUGGGGCAACCCUGGGGAGCACCACGACUUUGAGCCGCAGCGCCACGAUGACGGCUGCAUUGAAGUUAUUGGCUUCACCAUGACAUCCCUGGCUGCCUUGCAGGUUGGUGGCCAUGGGGAGCGGCUGUGCCAGUGCCGACAGGUGGUUCUCACUACGUCCAAGGCCAUCCCCAUGCAGGUAGAUGGAGAGCCCUGCAAGCUGGCAGCUUCCUGCAUCCACAUCUCCCUGCGCAACCAAGCCAACAUGGUGCAGAAGACCAAGCGGCGCAACUCCAUGCCUCUGCUCAAUGACCAACAGCCAGUGCCCGAACGGCUGCGGAUCCGCGUGAGCCGAAUCAGCAUGCGUGACUACGAGGCACUGCACUAUGACAAGGAAAAGCUCAAGGAAGCCUCUGUGCCGCUGGGGAUCAUCGUGGUUCCAGGAGACAGUGAUUUGGAGUUGUGCCGGACCCAGAUUGAGAGGCUGCAGGAGGAGGGAGAUGGAGCCAAACCAAAGACACUGUCAUCCCAGAAGCUGUCACCCAAGUGGUGCUUCCUGGACUCAACCACGGCUGAUCGCUUCUACAGGAUAGACCGUGCACAGGAGCACCUCAACUAUGUGACAGAGAUCUCUCAGGAUGAGCUCUAUGUGCUGGACCCAGAGCUGGUGAUCACCCAGACUGUGGGCACCUCUCCUGCCAUGCCUGACCUCGUCGACUCAUCUGCCACACCAAAUGAGCACCAUUUUGCAUUCCCCUCCUCUUCCACCUCUCCAUCCUCCUCUCCUGCCCCCAGUGCUGAGCCUGAGUGCUGCCUCCUGCACAAAGAUGACCUUCUGAUAGAAGCUGCCAAGAGUGGCAACUUCAGCAAGUUCCAAGAGCUGCACCGGGCUGGAAGAGACCUGAUGGUGCGAGACUCCUCAGGCCAGACCGUCCUCCACCACGCCGUGAAGUCAGGGAGCAAGGACAUCGUCAAGUACAUCAUCGACAAUGCCCCUUCAGAAAUCCUUGAUGCCACAGAGGAGGAGAAUGGUGAAACCAGCUUGCACCAGGCUGCAGCCUUACGCCAGCGCACUAUCUGCCACUACAUCGUGGAGGCCGGGGCUUCGCUCAUGAAGACGGACCUGCAGGGAGACACCCCCAAGCACCGGGCUGAGAAAGCCAAUGACCCCGACUUAGCUGCCUACCUCGAGAACCGACAGCACUACCAGAUGAUCCAGCGGGAGGACCAGGAGACAGCUGUGUAGUGCUCGGCGUGCCUUAGCCCAAGCCAGCUCGGGCAGGACAAGAAGAGGACAGUGGCAACUGGCAGAGCUGUGAGUCUGGCCCAGCCCUCUCUAGGUGUCAACCUGGUCUCUGGAGGAGAUGGAGACAGCAGAGCUCUGCCCCAGGCUGGGCUGGGACUCUGUUUAUGAGGACAGUGGGUAUUUGGGACUUGAAGCCUGGCUCUUUGUGUGUCCCCCUCUUCACCCAUUAUCCACCAUGUUCCCUGCCCUAGGUGGGCUCCAUUCCCCAGUCCUGUUGGGGCAGGCCAGUCUGAAGCCCUGGGUCACCCUUGUCCAUGGGAGUGAUGCCAGUGCCCCUUCUGCAGGCUCCUACCUAUGAUCCUUAUGGGAUAUUUUUGCUUGCCUCAUCUCCCUGCCAGCAGUGCCCCUCCUUUAGAUGCUUUGCUAGGUUCAUCUCCUGAUCCUCCUCUCCUGUCUGGCACAGCUGUGGGAGGCACAGGUUGAAUGGGCAGACAGCAGAAGCCAUGAGCCUCAGACUUGGUCCCAAGGGAAGCACCAUGACUUAAUAUGCCUGCCUCCUUCUCCCUCCUCUUGGACUGGGGCUGUCUCAGGUCUCCAUGUUGCCCUUCCAGGGCCUUCUGCCCUCCUGGUUGCCUUUGGUGCUCAGCCAGUCAGCACUAGCCCAAAGUAGGAAUGGCACCAAGGAAGGCUGCUGAGCCCUCCCACCAUCCUUCCCUGCACAGGGCUGGGUGGGGAAGCCUGAACACCCAGGGUCUGCUGGACAUCUCUUCAUGAGCCUGCUGCAGAAUGUAGCUGUGGUGGAGAGCUGUGCUUGAUCUGGGCAGUGGCUGCAGUGGAGCCCAUUAUAUCUCCCAAAUGCUGCCUUAGAUCUGACUGCCCUCCCUGCUUUGGCUCCCACACCAAUGCUGCAUGUUGUGCUGGGCUGGAAGGGCAGUGCUGGGGUCAGUGCUGCUCUCAGGGAUUCCCCCUGCCCCUCCCCAACCUGUCAACAUGCAUCCUCUGAGUCUGACUGCCACCAUCCCCCAGACUGGGCACAGAGGUUUGCAAGGAAAACUUGGGAGCUUGCCCAGUCCAUGCACAAGCUUCUUGAGCAGGCCACCAGCUUGCCCUCUCCAGUUUUAGCAGAAAGAGGGAUUUGGAUGCACAGGAAGCAUCAGGGCUCCAAGCCCCACACACCUGCAAUGGGGUGGCAUUUCACCUAUCACCUGCCAUGGGGGAUGAGACACCCCAACCCACCUCCCCUGCAGAUGCUGUGGGUGCUGAGCAUCUGCAGAGGCAUCAAGCCAGCCCUUCAGCAAGGCUCUUGCAUCACUGACAGUGGCUGGAGACUGGGAGGUGCCAGCAGAGGAGAAGAGCUGAUGGCUCUGGGCCUUGCAGACCUGCCUGGCACCUUGGGGUGGGCAGCAGUUGCGCAGCUGCUCACAGCUUGGGUCCCAGGAGGGACCUUGCAGGGUCUGUGCGGUCCCACCUGCAUGCACACCCAGCUGUGCCCACUGGAUAGUGCUGGUUGGCACCACUAAAAUCUCUCCUAAUACCAAAAAAAGGGUAUGAGGAUACCACAGAGAACCAGACUACCAUUCAGGCUUUCUGGCUAGGGCACGGAGUUCCCUUGGAAGACAGAGGAUGCUGUGUUGAGGAGCAAAGGCACAGGGCAGUGCAGAGUGCCAGGGGCCAUCGGCAGUAUUGGCCAUGAGUAACAAUAGCGUCCUGACACCUUCACAGCUGGGAUGCUUCAACAGCACCCGGUGUUCCCAUCAGCAGUGCUUGCUGGCCACCAACAGGCAAGGCAACGUCACCACUGCCCCCUAGAUGGGAUGUCCAGCCCGAAGGCGUUUACAACCUUAGCUUCCCCCUUUCUCCCCGUUUUUGUAUCUUACCUUGUAGUUUUUGUACAGGUAGUUGAGAGACACACUGUCCCCCUCCCUGCCUGGCCCCUCUGUGCAUGUGUGAGCUGAGUUGCUGUGCAAUUCCAAGCCUGGCUUGUAUUUCAGCAGGAGGGGGUGUUGGUCUCCCUGCCCAUGGAGGGCAGGGGUUCUGUGCAAUACCUGAGUCUGUGUUUCCUAGAUGCUGUUGUAGGACUGUAUUUUUGUAACUCUGUGAGGAUGCUGGCUCCAGCAGACCCGUGGCCUGGUGUGAGCCUGCAUUCCCAUCGCUUUUCAACUUGGACCGUUUGGAUGUUGUUGUUUCUUGCCAUUGAAAUAAAGAGAUGGAUGUUUUA